AUGUUCAGACCGCGUCCAACCCAACCGUCCCAGACAGCACCCACACCAGAAGCUGGGCCUUCGACCCCUCCUGCUCUUACUUCCGAUGCAGCUGCUUCAGGUAUCGAUGUGCCGACUCAGCCAGUCGCUGGUCCGUCGGCCGAGAAUCAAUCAUUCGUGUCCAAGAUAAUGGCAGACAAUCCUUAUUUCUCAGCUGGGGCUGGACUCAUGGGUAUCGGUGUCGUCUUAACAGUUUUCCGACGUUCUUUGACUUUAGGAACCACUUUUGCUCAACGACGCAUGUUAGUCACAUUAGAAAUACCUUCUAAAGAUCGAUCAUAUCCAUGGUUCUUAGAAUGGAUGGCAGCUCAAUCUGGAUCUCAAGUUGGAAAAGGUAAAAAACCAAUGGGAUUUAGAAGUCAUGAAUUAGCUGUUGAAACAAGUUAUAAACAACACGAAAAUGGUAGUUCAGAAGCCGUAUUUAAUCUUGUUCCAGGUCCAGGAACUCAUUAUUUCAAAUAUCAAGGUACUUGGUUUCAGGUGAAAAGAGAAAGAGAUGCGAAACUCAUGGAUCUUCAUUCUGGGUCACCAUGGGAAACCCUUACCUUAACGACUUUAUCAACUUACCGACAUCUCUUCUCAUCACUGUUAACCGAAGCUAGAGCAUUGGCGGAAGCUUCGACCGAAGGGAAAACAGUUGUGUAUACCGCUUGGGGAGUAGAAUGGCGUCCAUUCGGUAAACCUAGAGGAAGAAGGGAGAUGGGCAGUGUAGUGCUAGGAGAAGGCGUCUCUGAGAGGAUCGAAAAAGAUCUAAGGAGCUUCUUGGGACGAGGGAAAUGGUAUGCUGAAAGAGGUAUACCGUAUCGAAGAGGAUAUCUACUUCAUGGUCCUCCAGGGUCAGGAAAGACAUCUUACAUUCAAGCUUUAGCCGGUGCAUUGCAUUACAACAUAUGUUUACUCAACCUUGCGGAGAGGGGAUUGACGGAUGACAAGUUGAAUCAUCUAUUGGGUUUAGUACCGGAAAGAAGUUUCAUCUUAUUGGAGGAUGUGGAUUCAGCUUUUAGCAGAAGAGUGCAAACUUCAGAAGAUGGGUUCAAAUCCUCAGUGACAUUUUCCGGUUUACUCAAUGCCUUGGAUGGAGUAGCAUCUUCCGAAGAACGUAUAAUAUUCAUGACUACGAAUCAUUAUGAUCGUUUAGAUCCCGCCUUGAUACGACCAGGACGUGUGGAUGUCCAUGAAAUAUUAGACGACGCCGCAGGGGAACAAGCCAAAAGACUGUUCGUCAAGUUUUACGGUAACUCAACUACCACAACUCAAGAAGGAGAAGAAAAAGGUAGAAUACUGAGAGAAGACGAAACACCUCUAACAGACGAAGAAGUCGAACAAUUAGGUAAUGAGUUAAUGAGGAUCGUAGAAGAAGAAAGAUCGAGAGGAAGAACCAUCAGUAUGGCUAGUCUGCAAGGAUUGUUCAUCCGUACAGGGGCAAAAGAAAGCUUAGAUGGUAUAAGAGAAUUGUGUAAAUCCAGGGGAGGAGAGAAGGCUCCAUACGUCUGA